UGGGCACAUUUUCAGCCCGCGAGUCACAGGCUGUUGGGACUAGUGGAAAGUGGUUUCAUGAGUCAGAACACAAGUUCCCUGGCACACUGUGAGUCCACUUGUUUCUGGCUGAGCAGGGCAGAUGGACUGGGCCCCUAAAAACUGGAGAAGGGGCCCCAGGGGUCAGAAAGAAAGUUCUUAUUGAUUAGAGACAAGAGGAAUAGGGUUCAGGGCCUGAGAGAGAGAGAAACUCCCACGGAACUGACUGUCGAGGUGCAUAAAAGCGCAGAGAGGUUUCACAGCAAAUUCACUUCCUCUCACUCCUACAGGUAGUGGCCCCCCCGCCAGUCACACGGACAUGAGAAAGAAUGAAGCUGGGGGCCCCUGAUCUGCUGCGGAUCAGCACAUUUCUACUACUGCUCUCAGAUUAUGUCCGGGGGUCACACGUGAGUCCUGGGGAGACAGUGACACUGAGCUGCCCGGAGAGAAGCCCUGGAGAUUUCAUAAGGAUCAUUAAUUGGAAGAAAGUGAAUGGAUACCACACUCUGAAUUUCGUUUUCUGGAAUCAGUCUGCAAACAACACCACCUGGAGUGGGUCUAAUAAUACCAGCCCACCAACCCAGUUUGUACAUAAUAACUUUACAGACCCCAGAAUAUCGUUUCUAAGCCCAGAGCUGCCGCUGACCCUACAGAUCCUCAGCACUCAGACUUCUGACUCGGCCAAUUACAGCUGUGAAGUCACCACCAGCAGAGAAGGGGUUAAAUACACACAUGAGGAAGUCCUUGUAUCAGGUAAUGGGACAUUAGAGAGAAAUGUCAUACCGAUAUCAGUGGGUGGCACGGCUUGCUGCGUGGCUGCUUUACUGAUUUUACUAUUGAUCCUUCACUGGAAGAAACGCCGUUCCUACAAUGAGACCCCCAGAGCAAUCCCACAGAGCUUUCUGGAAAAUGCUGAAAAUCCACAGGUUGUCUAUGAAAACCCAGAAGAAUGUUAUUACAACAGAUUUAAUACACUUUAUGACGGACUUCCAAACACCAGAUGACAACUCUACAAAGACCUGGAAACAAAUCUCUUGUUCUUGGUUUCAUGGAAGGAAGAAAUGGGCCUCUCGUCCUGACUCUAACCUGACUCUAACCACAGCAUGGUGUAUAGACAAUAUCCAACCACUGAAAGGAAAUACUGUAAAUAGGUGAUAAAUGACCUAUAACCAGGACGAUGUCCGUUUGUGCUCCUGAGGUUAGACAUAGUUCUUCAGAUAUAGAGUCCAUACCACCACAGAGGUUAUCUCCUGUACAGGGUGAGGCAAUGAGGGAACUCUAGCCAUGUAGAAAACAGUUACUCUCUGAUUGGCUGUUAUAUCCAUCCUUGUUAUGUUCAUGGCAUCUUUGGGCCAUUUAACUCCACACGAGUCAAAGCUUUUCACAGGAGCAUUUAUUGGCUGCUUGGUAACAGCAUUGGCUGGGGCAGUCCAACCAUGAACUAUAUUCCUUGCCCCUCUUGGCAAUAUUCACAGUUGGGAAAAAAAUGUUGAUUUUGUGUUUACAAGACGCUCCAGUGGGGCAAAGCCCCAGUAGGGUUGCACCAAAUCCAGAAUUGGGCUCAGGAUUCAGCCACAAUUCUGACUUUUUUAUCAGGAUUUAGAAUUCAAGUGCCUAGCUGACCAAAUCGUAAUCCUUAAAACCAUAUAACUUUUUAUCACGUUGAACUUUUCCAUACAUGCUGAGAAAAUCAGGGUUCAGAUACCCAAAACCCAAAAUAGUGGAUUCGGUGCAUCCCUAGAAUCCAGUGCAUUUGAGAACUGAUGUUCCAUAUUCUGGAAUGUAAAAUAAAAGAAAGAGACCAAGCAGCAGCACCAUUAGUAACUGGAAGGGUAAGUUUGCAGUACCAGGAAACCGUUUAUACUACAGGUGAUUCCACAACAUGCACUUUAUUCUGCUUGCAGGGCUUACUCUCUAUUAGUAUGGAAUCCACAGCUACUUCCCAUCUCCUGCCUUGUUACUGGAGCAUUAAUGGGUGCAGACUGUGGCGUUCCAGGCAUGUGACCAAAUGUUACACCAUUUCACGAUUUUGGCUUCCCAAAACCACCAUCAGACUAACAAUAUUCUCUCACUAGCAACCAAAAAAAGGCAAAUAUAGCUUAUAUGGGGACUUUGGUGUUUGUUACCUUCAUUUCAUUCCUUAAAAAAAUUCCUUAAAAAAUCAAUAAAAAACAAAAAUCCACAAAAAA